AAAAAAAAAAAGACUUGGCGCCAUCGCGUUUUAUGACCACCGCCAAUUGAUCACUGAUCAACGGAAUCUGAAAAUUUUGUAAGUUUGUAACGUUUAAAUUACAAACAGCUUAUUGAUAACAUAAAUACCUGAAUGUGCACGUUAACAAGUUCUGAGUGUAUUAAUCGUUACGAAGACAAGUGAUUCAGUUGUCAGAGGUGGACCAAACUAACUUAAUGCGAUUGCGGAUGACUCUUUCACUCCAGCGUCGGCUAUACUACAUGGUUUGACACUUGAAAUACGUUGACCAUUUCAAAAUUUGGACCCAUUAAAAAAAAACCCAAAAAACUUUACAUCUGCCACAAAGAGUGGCAUAUUGUUUUCCAUUGAAGACUGUUGUUUACCACCAUCAUGGAGAGUUUGACAGUAGAGCCAGUUCUGAGAGUGGAAUUCAGGGAGAGCCGAGUAGGCAAUGAAAUGCUAGUAAUUAAUGGUUGUAAGUAUAUGGUGAAUAGGCGUUCUGGUGAGACUGUCUACUGGCGCUGUGUCUAUUCAUGGUGUAAUUCUCGGGCUGUCAUAAAGGGAGGGCAAUUACGAUCAGCCAGAGGUGCACAUGUUUGUCCCCAGCCAGAUCAAAAUGAAGUUCUAGCAAAAGAGCAAAAGCCACAAGUACAACCAAGUUUAAUAGCUGGAAUGCCAGAAAACAUCACAUUAAAAAACAAAUCCAACUGCCUUAAUGAAGCAGAAGAUUUUGCAACAAAAAUACCAGAAGCAAAUGGCAGUUUCUUGGAAUUUGUUGAAGACAAAUCUGUGUUGACCAAAACUGAGGAUCCUGAUGAUCAGUUGUGUGAUAAUGAUAUUGCUUGGAAAGAACGAAUAUUAAAGGGCCUCAGAGUUUAUUCUGAGGCUGAACGACUCCGUCGCUUUAAAGUUGCAUAUGACAACCGGAAAGCUUGGUUGAGUAACAAGAAAUAUUUCGAUGACAAAAUUUCUGGGUGCAUAACAAAAUGGACCAACAGCAAUGCUACUUGGACCCAUAGUAAUGAUUGGCCAACAAGAAGCCACUGUAUGAAGCUGACCAAACCUGGGCGUGGAGCUGGAAUGUUUGUUGAACAACCUUUCGUACCCAUCAAGAUCAUCGAACACGUCAAUCUUCCAUUCCAGGAAAAAAGCGUUCAAGAGGAAAGUAAAUUUUACGAAAUGGAAGAACCCGCAAUAAAAAAGGAAUCAAGGAAAAAGCACAAAGACAAAGUCAAUAGAAUGCGAAAAGGCAUUGCAAUCGAAAAUCAUGAUGAUUCUCACGAAAUGGCCGUAGUCAAGAAAGAAGACAUCAAGCAUUUUAAAAACAAAGGGAAGUGUCCAAUAUGUGGGAAAAUGGUCCAGUCAGCCAUUGAGAGACAUCUGAAUGUUCACUAUGGAAUCAAACCUUACAAGUGUGGUCAUUGUGAUAAGUUGUUUUCACAGGAGCAUAACUACCGCGCUCACGUCAGAAUUCAUAAUUCUGAAACUCCAUUCAGCUGCACAAUUUGUCCAAAGAAAUUUGCAUCAAACGGUACUCUUAAGAGACAUAUUAUGAAUCAUUCCAGUGGAAGAACAUUUCCAUGCCAUAUUUGCGGAAAGGUAUUUCAAAAAAGAGAAUCUUUAGAUUUUCAUACCUGCACGUUUCAGUCAGAGGGAAAAAAAUUCGAAACGCCGGACGUGAAGGUCGACAGUGACGAUGAAGAAAGAGAAACUCAGCUUCGCAUACGUGGCAAAAUGUCUAGUCCAAUUAAAAGAAAAAAGAAUGGGUCUUGUGACUUAAAUGCACUGGAUGAAGACGAUAACGACAAGCUAUCAAAAAGAAUUGACUUACGUUUGUUAGAGGAAGCAUUCAGGCAAAGGAUAGAGCAACCCCAACGGAACCAUAGAGGUGAAGCUGAGCCAUCAGUGUCGGCUUCUUCUAAAUUCACGUUGGAGGAGUUAAAGUAUGCAGCCUUUCUGCAACCUAAAGUUGUACUGUCGAAAUCUUUGAGUGUAACCAUUGUCCAGAUGAUGUCCGAAGCCGAAAUAUCAGCAACACGCCAACCUGCAGUCUUUAGUAAUCUAUGGUUUCACAGUUAUGCAAAACCUUAUGAGCCGUGAAAGUUUGUUCAUACGGGUGUGCAGCGACCAACUAGUGUAUUUAGUUCAUUCAAUUCUAUAUAUCGAUCCUGCCCCCUGCACUUUCUUAUUAGUGCAAAUAUUAGCUCGAUUUAUUUAUGAAGAUAUGUUUCACUUGUUUCAGUCAAAAACUUGAUCGCGCUUGAUUUUUUUUUGCAGAUAACCAUACAGAUCUAUCUUCAUUUAAUCAACCAUAGGGCCGUGUUGUCGAGCUUGUUAAAUCUUAAUCAAUGAACGACUCACUAGCAUUUGAUUACCUGAAGUAUACUGUGACUUUGCCUGUGUACUGUCUUCUAAAAAAUAUUUUUCUUCGACAAUAAAACUGUUUUCGUCUGUCA